GAAGUUAGAAUCGUGUAUACCAAUGUCGUAUGUAACUUUAGAGACGGUCCCUUAAUGUGCGAAUAUCCAGUGUCCAACGUCAAGCCAACUUUCUACCACAUCCUCAUUACAGUUGAUUACAGGACGUAUUUAUGCGGCAAAAAACCCCAGCUCCAUUUAAAGUUUCGUCUUCCUCCUCGGGGUUUUAUCUCCCCUGUCCAGUCUGCUCCUGUUUAUUGCUUGUGUUAGGUUUUUGCAGAAGGAUAUUUUAAGUUUGAAGAAGGAAAAACUAUUCCCCAUUAAUUGCAGUAAGGAAUGGUGUAAGAGCAGAGCUGUGUGGACCAGGACGGUUGUUCGGCUACAGGAUAACGCGGUUAUCGCUUCAGAAGAAACACAAGCAGCAUGUAAACAGUGAUGUUAUGCACCUCAGCCUGCGGUACUGCCUGUAUAUCUUGAUCGACAGAUGUGUCGUCCAAUCAGCGGACUUUCCCUGGAUUAAAGAGAAACUGCUGCUUUUAGCCGAUGAAGAUGAGCAGGAUGGAGGAAGGGGUACAGAGCUGUCCAACACAACCGCUCAGUGGGCCAUUCCUAAAGACAUUCUUCAAAUGGUUCCAUCUGAUCAGCAGCUGAAUAGGCUUGCGGCUCGGCUCGGCUUGGAGUGGGAGAUGGUGCUGCUGGACUUGGGUUUGACAUCGGUAGAGAUCACCCGCUGCCGUGCAGAUCAUCCACACAGCAGUCACAGUCAGGUGCUGGCAGCCCUGGUGAUGUGGAAGCAGACUCAGGGUCGGAGUGCUACGGUGCAGCGUCUACUCCAGAGUCGACAAAUUCAUCCUUCUUCCCUCAACCAAGUGUUUGUCUGAGACUACUAGGAGAAAGUUGAGACUGAUUCUGCCAUUAAGAUUAAACCUCUCUGCCCAGACAGGAGAAAUGGACACACACACACACACACACACACACACACACACACACACACACACACGCUUUGUUUCAUACAAAGCAGUAUUGAAGAAAGCCAGAGAUUCUUUUUUUCUUGCUAAUUUGUUAUUUUGAAAUGACAAGUUGCUGAAAUAUACUGUAGACUGGAAGUGCCACCAGCAGAACUUGUCUCUUUAAAAGAUUUUAUCUCUGUUUGAUAGAGAAACAUUGAAAUUUUACGAAAAUGUAAAAAUUUUAAUUAAAAUUUGCUGUUUUGUUCGUCAGUAAAUCUAAAAUGUAUUCAACACAGUAAAUGCAGUCAUUUGA